AUGGAACAGGAUCUGGAUAUCAAGCAACCAUUGCCAUUUGGCUUUAAGCGGAAUCGCCUGGCCGAAUUGCUGGCGGCCGACACGCUUGUUGCUGCUGGUUCAGCAACAUUGAUCACUCCAGCAGUGAUGAUUUUCGACAGACUGGUCGUGGAGAAGUCAUCAUACAAUCAACCUCUCCUACCUGCAUUUCGCAGACACCUGUGGUAUUCCAUUACUCAACCCGCUACGUUCCUAACAUCACGCCCGAGCCUGCUGGUCUGGUCUCUGUAUGCCGCGACAUUUGCAACAGCCAAUGUGUCAGAAACGAUUUUCAGUCAAGUCUUUCCCCAGAUUGACCACGCGAUAGCUGGGACAACGACCUUCGUCUCGACAUUCUUAGUUAACUCCUCCGUCGGCAUCUGGAAGGACGUCAAAUUCGCCGAGCUGUUCGGCCACAACAACAGCAACAACACUACAGCCACCACUACCGCCAAAGCAGCUACAAAUGCGUCUUCUUCUACAGCCAACCAAGCCAAAAGCGUGCCUGGCGGUGCACCGGCCAGCAAGAUUGUGCGGUCCGUCAGCCGCUCUAUUCCCAUGGCCACCUAUUCAGCCUUCCUUCUCCGCGACGGUCUAACAAUUUUCGGAUCCUUCAGCUUGCCCGCAAUGGCCUCAGCAUGGAUUCCGGAUUCCAUCGCCUCGAGGGAAUAUCUAAAGAUUCUUAUCGCGCAGUUGGGUAUCCCCGCAUCGAUCCAACUGAUCAGCACCCCCAUCCAUCUCUUCGGGCUGGAUCUGUAUAACCGUCAAUCACCACUCCCCCUGAAGGACCGAUUGAACCGCGUUAGCAGAGAUUGGAUCGGUGCAUCGUUGAUUCGCAUGUGUCGAAUCAUUCCAGCCUUUGGACUUGGAGGUUUCGUCAAUGCCGAGGGCCGGGCGUUCUUGCAGCAACAGCUCGAUCGGAACGCUGAAUGA